AUGGAGAUUCUUCCUUAUAACUUACUUAUUCUACUCCUUCCUUUACUUCUCGUUCUUCUAUAUUUUCUCUUUACAUUCAAAACCAGAAAAACUGAUGACCAAAACAAACCCAACAUCCCACCUGGCCCUGCUAAGCUUCCAAUCAUUGGUAACUUACAUCAACUCGGAAAACCGCUUCAUCAAGUACUACACGAACUAUCAAAAGUAUAUGGUCCAGUCAUGCUUCUACAACUUGGUCGUGUACCAACACUUGUAAUCUCCUCUGCUGAAGCUGCUCAACAAGUCUUGAAAACACUUGAUCAUGACUUUUCUACCAGACCUCCACUUGCUGGACCGAAACGUCUUUCGUAUAAUUUCUUAGACAUUGCAUUUGUACCUUAUGGAGAAUACUGGAGAGAGGUACGCAAAAUAAGCGUGCAUGAACUUUUGAGCGCGAAAAGGGUGCAAUCAUUUAAGUUAGUCAGAGCAGAGGAAAUAGAUGUUUUGAUCUAUUCCGUAUCAUCUUCUUCUAAUACUAAUCCUAUUGAUGUUUUUGAAAUGUUCACAAGUUUUACACAUAACGCAAUUUGUAGAGUUGCUUUUGGUAGCACCACAAGUCAAAGUAAGAACCAGUUUAAUGGAAGUCUUACCAAAUUCCUUGACGAAGCUUUGUCUGUAUUGGGUGGUUUCUAUGCCACAGACUUCUUCCCCAAGUUAGGUUGGAUUAUUGAUAGGAUCACUGGAGUCCAUGGUAGAAUCGAGAAAGUCUUUCAUGGUUUGGAUAAACUAUUUCAACAAAUGAUAGAGGAACAUCUCAACCCGGUGAGACCGAAACCUGAGCAUGAAGAUCUCAUAGAUGUUUUGCUUAAACUAGAAAAUGAUCAAACUAGUUCGGUUCGUCUUGCAGAUGAUAAUAUCAAAGCAAUUCUUAUGAACAUAUUUAUUGCUGGAGUAGACACACCAGCUGUAACAGCGAAUUGGGCAAUGACCGAGCUGGCUAAAAAUCCAGACGCAAUGAAGAAAGUUCAAGAAGAGAUUAGAACCUAG